GCGGCGGAUGCGGCUCUGCUUGGCGCCACCGGAUGUGGUUAGUUCCUCAAGGAACUAACCUAAGGAUCCAGAGAAAAACCUUCAGGCAGCCAGGUUGGAUUGAGAGAACAGAUGCCUGGGAAGAGCUCCAUUUAACCCUAGGUCUUUCUUCCAGGAAAAAUAAAAGAAGCAAAGACCAUCUCUAUUGUAUGAGCCACAGGCAGUGCCUAAGGAGUAACCUGGAUGAUUUCCAUGAGGAAGGCAUUCCUAGAGGAGGCACAGGUCUCAAAGUGUGGCUGCCACCAUAUCUCAAACUAUUUUCUGGGUGCAUCCCAGGGCUUGGAGCUGACGCUGCUGGGUUGACGGUUUGUUGUGAAGGAUGAGGCUCCUUCGUAGACGCCACAUGCCCCUGCGCCUGGCCAUGGUGGGAAGUGCCUUCAUGUUCUUCCUCUUCAUUCGGCAAAAGGAUGUCAGCAGCAAGGAGCAGGCUACAGAAAAACCAUGGCUGAAGUCCCUGGUAGGUCAGAAGGAUCAUGUCCUAGACCUCAUGCUUGGAGCUGUGAACAACUUUAGAGAUUCAAUGCCUAAGCUGCAGAUUGGGGCCCCAGAGCCCCAGCAGCCUGUGCUCUCCACAAACCAGUCCUGCCUCCCUGGAUUCUAUACACAUGCUGAACUGAAGCCCUUUUGGGAGAGGCCACCACAAGAUCCCAAUAGUCCUGGAGCAGAUGGGUAUGCAUUUAAGAAGAGCAAGUGGACCCCUCUGGAGAUUCAAGAAAAGGAAGAUGGCUAUAAGAAGCACUGUUUCAAUGCUUUUGCCAGUGACCGCAUCUCCCUGCAGAGGUCCCUGGGUCCGGACACCCGGCCUCCUGAGUGUGUGGACCAGAAGUUCCGUCGCUGUCCUCCUCUGCCCACCACCAGCGUCAUCAUUGUGUUCCACAAUGAGGCCUGGUCCACUCUGCUACGAACCGUGUACAGCGUCCUGCACACCAGUCCCGCCAUCUUCCUGAAGGAGAUCAUCCUGGUGGAUGACGCCAGCACAGAGGAAUACUUGAAGGAGAAACUGGAGCGGUACGUGCAGCAGCUGCAGAUCGUGAGGGUGGUACGGCAGGAAGAGCGGAAGGGGCUGAUCACUGCCCGGCUGUUGGGGGCCAGCGUAGCACAGGCAGAGGUGCUCACCUUCCUGGAUGCUCACUGUGAGUGCUUCCAUGGCUGGCUAGAGCCGCUGCUGGCUCGAAUUGCUGAGGACAAGACGGCAGUGGUGAGCCCGGACAUUGUCACCAUCGACCUUAAUACUUUCAAGUUCUCCAAGCCGGUGCAGACGGGCCGAGUCCAUAGCCGCGGUAACUUUGACUGGAGCCUGACCUUCGGCUGGGAGACUCUACCUGCACAUGAGAAGCAGAGGCGCAAGGAUGAGACCUAUCCCAUCAAAUCCCCAACAUUUGCUGGAGGCCUCUUCUCCAUUUCCAAGGCCUACUUUGAGCACAUCGGUACCUAUGAUAAUCAGAUGGAGAUCUGGGGAGGGGAGAACGUGGAAAUGUCCUUCCGGGUGUGGCAGUGUGGGGGACAGCUGGAGAUCAUCCCCUGCUCAGUGGUAGGCCAUGUGUUCCGUACCAAGAGCCCCCACACCUUCCCCAAGGGCACCAGUGUCAUUGCUCGUAACCAAGUGCGCCUGGCCGAGGUCUGGAUGGACAACUACAAGAAGAUUUUCUACAGGAGAAACCUACAGGCAGCGAAGAUGGCCCAGGAGAAAUCCUUUGGUGACAUCUCAGAACGACUGCAACUGAGGGAACAACUACACUGUCGCAACUUUUCCUGGUUUCUGCACAACAUCUAUCCAGAGAUGUUUGUUCCUGACCUGAAUCCCACCUUCUACGGAGCUAUCAAGAACCUUGGCACCGAACAAUGUCUGGACGUGGGGGAGAACAAUCGCAGCGGUGGGAAGCCCCUCAUUAUGUACUUCUGCCACGGCCUUGGUGGCAAUCAGUACUUUGAGUACACAACCCAGAAGGACCUUCGUCACAAUAUUGCAAAGCAGCUGUGUCUACAUGCCAGUGACAGCACGCUGGGCCUCCGGAGUUGCCACUUCACUGGCAAGAACAGCCAAGUGCCCAAGGACGAGGAAUGGGAAUUCACUCAGGAUCAACUGAUUAGGAACUCAGGAUCUGGUACCUGCCUGACAUCCCAGGACAAAAAGCCAGCCAUGGCACCCUGCAAUCCAAGGGACCCACACCAGCUCUGGCUCUUUGUCUAGAUGCCAGUUGUCCCCAGAGGGAAGGUCUCUCAGGAACUAGGAUUGCCAAGCAUCUGGGGACCUUAUCACCAGCUCCUCUGUAGGCCUCCAAGAUGGAUUCCCAAGCCCACUGGAUGUCAGCACAGGACCUUCUUGCUCCUUGCAACAACAGGGCUCAUCUCACACUAAUGGAAGGAGCUAGGGACACAUGAUACCUGGCCCAGCAACAGACCUCUAAAGCAAAGAAGGCAGCCAGGGACCAUGGCUGCAGUGCCAAGGGCCCAGGGCAGUAAUGCCAAGCUUAGGAAGAUGACUAAUACAGCCACGUCUCCAAGCCCCAGUCAUCCAAGUGCCUACAGAAUGGAGAAACAGAUGUUCUCCAAUAGACUGGAGGCCACAGGAGCCUCCCUUGCUAACACACAGGGUGUGUGGAACUAUGUUUGCAUUUUUAGAAAGCAUCCUGCCAGGUGUUCUUUAUCUUCAUUUGCACUCAGAAACCACCACACCCAAACUGCAGAUAAGAGAGCUGAGGCCUGGCUAGGGCAUAGCUCAGUGGAAGGAAGAAAGAAUGGAAGGAAGGGAGGGAGAGGAGGGGAGAAGCAGAGAGAGGUAAAGGAGCUUGUGUGUGGUUUCCCAGCUGUUAUGUGUUGGUUGACAGCCCCUUCCACUGUGUUGGCUGGAGCUGGUGGUCUUCAGCACUGAACCAGGGCACCUGCCACAGCAUAAGAACACUAGAUAGCCACCAGCCUUGCCAUUCCCUCUUCUCCCCGUUCUGAUCAUUUCUCACUGCCUGGCCUCCAUAAAGCCUAGAACUGGGUUGGCUGGUGGAAGGAGACCACACUGAGAAUCCUGGGAUAUUAGUAUUGAAGAAGCUCCUGGAACCAGG